AUGAACGAUGCGACGACUUCAUUGCUCACUGAGCAUUUUAGUUACACCCCUUUGUCUCUAAUAGAUGACAUUAUCAACUCGAUCAAUAAUCUGAUAUACCAGGCAAUCUCCGGCCUGGAGACUAGUCUUAUCGCCACUCCUCCCGAGCGCUUAGGCUUUGCGCACGCCACCAACGGUUCUACUAUCCCCGAAACCGACGAAGAUGGUAACGUUCUUUACCCAGAAGCCAAGCUUGAGCUGGAAAAUGGUCUGCACCAGCUGGAGACACUCCUGGAAGCCAAUGUCGACAAGGCGUUUGACAAGUUCGAGAUUUACCUGCUGAGGAACAUUCUCACCGUACCCGAAGACCUGCUCUCAUGGGUGAGGCUCAAGCAUUAUGAGGGUCUCUCUUUCACUGCCUCGUCGGAUACACCCACCCCAGAGACCAUCAACGCGCAGCGCAAGAAGCUACUCGAAACGCGCAAACUCAACCGAUCUCUGAAAGAGGAAUGUGCAAGCAAUGAUGCGGUGAUUUCGCAGCUCAAGUCGAUCCUGUCAACCGUCGAGACCGCCAAACCCAAUGGUGCAGAGGAGAAGGCCGCAAAACCGCUGGAUCUAUCCUUCCUGACAUCUAGCCCCGCUGCUCGCCAGCUUCGCGUUGGCGUGGAUGCUGGUUCCAACGUCAAGCACACGCCUCUCACGACGAACACGACCUUUAUCCUCUCGCAACUUCCUGCGUUACAGGCAACCCUCGAGAAUCUUCGACCGAAGUUGGCCAGUCUGCCUGGCUCAGGGGAGGCAAUGGAGACAAAGUCCAAACGGGACGAACGGAAGGCGUACAUCGAGAGUCGCAUCAGACUCCACCUCGAACGGGCUGGACAGCUGGCAAUGGGCGACGAUGGCAAUCCGGUUGUUGCUGGUCGCCGUAUCGAUAUCUCCGAGGCACAUGCGCUAGAAAAUGUGGCCAAUAUGCUUACGCGGGAGCCCCAGUCCUCGUAG